AUGGCUAGCAAAUUCCCCAAUUCCAAGCCCGACUGGAACAACAUUGAUGUUAUCCAUCGCAAUGUCUUACCUUCCCGAUCAUACUUCUUUACUUGCAACACAGAAGAGGAUGCCAUUCGCGGUCAUCAUUCUUGUUUGCUUAGCUUGAGUGGGACAUGGAAGUUUCAAUAUAACGACAACCCGUUCGAAGCCCCCGAUGAUUUCCAUCAUCCGGACUUUGAUACUACCAACUGGUCCGACAUUGAGGUUCCUGGGCAUUGGCAGCUCCAAGGCUGGCGCAAACCCCAUUACUCCAACGUGAAUUUCACGCUCCCGGUAGAUCCUCCAAAUAUUCCUCUCAACACCAACCAGACGGGAAGCUACAUUACCACGUUCUCCAUCCCCCAAGAUAUGAGCCCUAUGGCUCAUCAGCUCCGGCUUCGCUUUGAAGGGGUCGACUCGGCUUUCCAUGUCUAUCUAAACGGCCAUGAAGUCGGCUAUUCCGAAGGGGCGCGAAGCCCUGCCGAGUUCGAUAUAAGUAGUCUGGUCACCGAGGUUAAUAACGUUCUAGCCGUUCGAGUCUACCAGUUCUGCACUGGAAGUUACCUCGAGGAUCAGGACCAAUGGCGGAUGAGCGGAAUAUUCCGCGACGUCCUCCUCAUUGGGUUCCCCAAGAAUCGCUAUGUUCAAGACUUCUACGUGCAAACCAUCCUCGACCGUCAAUACAGGGACGCAGAGCUCGCCGUUCAGGUGGUCACACAUGGCAGUGGAAAAAUCUACCUUAAGUUGCUGGACGGCGAUCGAGUGGUUUUGACAGAGAACAAGGAAGCUGAUGGUGUUUCCACGGUUCGCUUCAAUGUGCCGGUAAUCGGCCCAAAGCUCUGGUCUGCUGAAAAGCCUUUUCUGUACAAUCUUAUUCUGUCAUUUGGUGAUAUAUUCAUCUGCCAUCACGUCGGCUUUCGACAAGUUGAGAUAAAAAACGGACUUCUUCUGGUAAAUGGCAAGCGUAUUGUUUUCCGUGGCGUGAAUCGGCACGAGCACCACCCUCAGUUUGGCAGGGCAGUCCCCUACGAGUUCAUGAAGAAGGAUUUACUCCUCAUGAAGCAGCAUAAUAUCAAUGCCAUCCGAACAAGUCAUCAACCAAAUGACCCCAGGCUAUACUCUUUGGCUGAUAUGUUGGGGCUUUAUGUCAUGAAUGAAGCCGAUGUUGAAUGCCACGGAUUCGCAACUAUUGAGCGGAUUCAACUAUCGCCAGAAGACCAGAAGAAGUCUUACGCGGAGAGGAUCGAACUCAUUUACGGCAAGGCUGCUCGAUGGACCACGGACAAUCCUCAAUGGGAGAGACAUUACGUGGAUCGUGGUAGACAGCUUGUCGCUCGCGACAGGAACCAUCCUUCGGUCGUCAUCUGGUCCUUAGGCAACGAAGCAUUCUACGGUUGCAACUUUCGUGCGAUGUACAAAGCCAUCAAAGCCAUGGAUGAUCGACCAGUCCAUUAUGAAGGAGAUCGGAAAGCCGAAUCUGCAGACAUAGUUUCGCGCAUGUAUGAGGAGGUCGAAACGCUUUCCAAGUUUGGUAAAGAGACAUCUACGAAACCCUUUGUACUUUGCGAGUUUCUCCAUGCAAUGGGGAACGGGCCGGGCAAUAUCAAGGAAUAUGUGGAUGAAUUCUACAAAUAUCCUCGCUUGCAAGGUGGAUGGGUUUGGGAAUGGUCAAAUCAUGGCAUCAAGACACGGAAUAAUGCCGGAAUCGAGUUCUAUGGGUAUGGAGGUGAUUUUGGCGAAGAGCUCCACGACAGGAAUUUCUGCCUGGAUGGGUUAAUCUUUUCUGACCAUACCCCAACGCCAGGGCUACUGGAAUACAAGAAGGCGAUCGAGCCAGUUCAAGUGGAAGGCUACGAAGCCAGCGGCAAAGUCACGAUCGUCAACCGAUACGACAGCAUAUAUCUUGAGCAUCUCACUUGUGAGGCUCUUUUGGUUGGUGAUGGUUUUGCCACAUCGCUUGGGCCUGUCUCCAUCCCGAUUGUCGCUCCCCAUGCCAGGGCCUUGUUGGAGCUGCCAGACUUUGAUGUCGAAGAUAUUCAAGGCGAAUUAUUCCUCCAAAUCGAAUUUCGCUUGAAGGCAGAUGAGAUGUGGGCUAGCCGCGGGCAUCUAGUAUCCGCUUCGCAGGUCCAACUUCGCGGCCCUACCAAUUUUGGGCUUGAGAAGUCUAACUACCCGUGCCCUCGAUUGCUUGCCACUAGGAAUGAACUUGACAUCUUGACCAAUGUCUCUCAUUGGCGGUUCUCUCUGGUCCACGGAAGAAUCGUCUCGUGGGAAAAGGACAGCGUUGAGAUGAUUCACAGCGACUUGGGACCUACACUGAGCUUUUGUCGAGCACAGACAGACAACGAUCGACGCAGAGAUGGCCUAGAUUGGGAAGAGAAGCUGCUCCGUCUAGCCUUUUCAUCUACCCGGAAUGUUACUUGGUCAACACAAGAUUCCUCAAUUCAAGUGCUGGUCACAACCCGUGUUGCUCCUCCUGCAUUGUCAUGGUCUAUCGAUUGUGUCACGAGGUACAUCUUCUCUGGAGAUGGAUCUCUCAGAAUUGAGGUUCAAGGCACGCCUCAAGGUUCAAACCUGCCUGCCACAUUACCACGCGUUGGGCUCACAGUCGCACUUUCUAAGAAUUUUGACACUGUCGAAUGGUUUGGACGAGGGCCAGGGGAGAGUUAUAAGGACAAGAAGCUCUCCCAACUUGUUGGAAACUGGUUUGCCCCGGUCAAAGAACUUUCCGUCGGGUACGAGUUUCCGCAAGAAAACGGUAAUCGAACAGAUGUCAGAUGGGUUCGUCUGUGCUCGACAAACGGGCCAACUACGGUCGGUCAAACUUCAUCCUCAAUUCUGCAGGCAAGCUUUGGUAAUCAAGAGGGAUUCAGCUUCAGUGCAAGCCAUAACACCUGGAAGGACCUAGAAGACGCAAGGCACCCCUUCGAUCUGAUUGAGAGAGACUAUGUGGAGCUGAGGUUGGAUGCAGAUCACCAUGGACUCGGCAGUGGUAGCUGUGGCCCAAAGACCAGGCCAGAAUAUGCCCUGGACACGAAACCAUUCCAAUUUGAGCUUGAGCUGCGAUAG